AUGAAUUCAGUAAGAGACAUUUUAAAAGAAUCAGACUAUUGGAUCAAUCUUGAUCCUAAUAGCCAUGAAGCUCAAUCACAAAGAAAUCGUAUUCCUAAAUUCCCUGAACUCGAAAAAGCAUUAUCAUUAUGGGCACAAGAAUUUGCCAAUCUUUUAGGAAUUUCAAAAUUUAAAGCUUCUGAUGGCUGGCUUUCAAAUUUCAAAAAACGAAUUGGUUUGCAUGAGUUUAAUCACCAUGGUGAAGCCAGUAGCGCACCACUUGAAAGUUUAGAAAGCGGAAAUGGAAGUAAAAUCCCGUAA